UGAAAGUUCUCUGUGCAUCAUGCGUAUACGCAGCUAGCUGGCCACUUAGAAAUUCAGACGUCCCUCUCGUUCACAUCACUCCAGACAACCUGCACUGCAUGCACUCAUACCACACGUGUCCCCCUGACCGACCCUCCACUCUCUCUCUCUCUCUGCCCUUCACCUACCUGACUUACCAUGCCGGUGAGCGAGCGAGUGGAGCCAAUGACGAUGGAUGGAUGGAUGGAUGGGGGAUAGACACACACAUCAGAUCAGCGUGCAUGCCGUCUGGUCUUUCUUCAUAGCUAUCAUAGCUGUGCCUCUCUCUCAGCUGAUCUCGUCUUACCCGCCACUUACCAAUUCCAAGGGGAAGGAAAAAGACAGACAGACUCCGCCGCACCUGCCUGAAAAACCGCCUCUGGUGUGUUGAACACACAGAGGGAUUGUGGGUGCGCAGGUCGGCGAGCCAUCACAGUACACUCACACGCCCACACGCUCAUUGUAUUGGUUCGCCGUCCAGAAGUGUCAAAUCCUCCCUCCCUCUUGAUCCAUCCCGUGUGUGUCCCCUCUCCUCUGUUCACGGCCAAAUGGCCUCCCCAAGGAAAUGCCUUCCGAGACACGUAGGAUGUCUCGCCAAGCGUCAUGUCGUGGACGCCACACGCACACACAUACACACACAGACAUAGACAGACGUACACUCAUUCCCCAGUCACAUGGACCUUCAAAAGAUGCAGGCAUGGAAACGGCGAGUCACAGUCAUCAUGCAGUCAAUGUCAACCAGGGAGGUGAGUACCAAUUAAUCACGCACAUGAAUGCAUGGAUCCAUGCACCAACCAAACCACAGCCCACGGCAAACAGGUGUAGGUGUAUCCGUGGGCCACCAGGAUCGGUGCACCCGUCGGUCAGUCAUCCUCGCGACGCCUCUUGUCCCUGCGUGUCGAUGAGAGAACAACAGGCGGGCAAUAUGAAGAAGCUGAAGGAUAAGGUGUUUGUGUGCUCUCCAUGUCACUACCUGUCGCUGCGGUAGUAGUCGCGGUCAUCAUCCCUGCACCCAUACAUUCACACACACCAACACAACACAACACACCACAACACCCCACCAUAGCCAAGAAUUCUCUACAGAGAUCCCCAACGCUUUGUCUGUCUGUCUGUGUCGGUGUGUGAAUACAUGGACAUCUUGGCAAUUGAUUGCCCACCUGUCUCUCUUUCUGUCCCGCCUGUCGUCGCGUCUGUCAUGCGACCGCGACCUGAACACACAGACGCAAGCAGAAGAGCAGACGGACAGAGAGCAUCGACAACCAACACAGUAGAGAGCAGGGCCCGGGCCCUCUGCCAUCCCUCCCCAGGUCGUCUCACGGCUCACUCACCUCUCUCUGUCCCUGUGGCUGUCCCUGUGGCUGUCGUAUUUGUUGCGGUCGUCCUUGCCCGAGUAACGGUCAGAACGGUGCCCAUAGCUGUCGCGCUGAUCCCUUUCGCCACCUGCUGGCAGGAGGGAACGAAGCAUAUGCACGGUGAGUCGCAUCAGUGCACACGUAUGUGAGUAUGUUCUGUGCUUGCCAUUUCUCUCGCGAUCGCGCGGCGCCCUCUCGUAGUUGCGAUCCCUGAAGCACACAUGACAUGAGUGAGGGACGAGCGUGCGUGUGGUGAGUGGGCGUGUCUGUCUGUCUGUCUGUCUUACUUUCCGCGGUCGCGGUCUGCAUAGCCGCUCCCUCCGCCACGAUAUGAGUGGCCUCCACCACGAUAUGAGUCACCUCCGCCGCCACGAUAGGACCUCUCGCCAUCGCUACACACACGCACAUACAAAGGCACAUGCAUGUCCACAGAGACAAGAGAUCUAUGUAACGCCAUGCCACCCACCCAUCUCCCUCGCUGCAUCCCCUUCUCACCGUUGCUGUGUGCCUCCCCUGGUGUCCUGUCGCCUGUCUCCCCCCCUCCCCCCGGCCACCACAGGCGUCUUGGGUUUGGGCGGCACACUGCCCCUCGGCGGGCCUCUCCCCCCACCCAGCCGCCUGGGCAGCCAUCCCUCCACGGUCCUGCCCCUCUCGACGUCCACACACACCCUCCGCCCGUCGAUCUUGGUGCCGUCGGCGUGCUUGUAUGCGUUCUUCAUGUCACGCUCGCUCUCGAACUCGAUGAAGCAGUAGCCCCUGAACUUGCCGUCGAGGUCCUUGACCAUGCGCACCUUCUUGAUGGGGCCGAACUUCUCGAACUCCUUGCGGAUGGUCUUGCUGUCGGCUCCGUAGCUGAUGCGCGAGACGAAGAGGGUGCGGAAGGGGUCGCCUGCGGCGCUGUCGUCUCCGUUGGGGUCGUACUCCUCGAUGAGCUGCUUGAGCUCCUCGGCGUGCUGGGCCGCCUUCUCCUUCUUGCGACGCGCCUGACGUUGCUUGGGCGUCUCAACUGAUGGACGACACACAACACACGACACAAACACACAGAGAGAGAUGCAAUCAGCCAACCACCAACGCCAUCUGAGUGCGUGUGCGUGUGCAUGUGGUGACUCACAAGGUGGUCGUGCGGGAGGUUCGUCGUUGUCGGUGAACUUUUCGACGAACUCUGCUGCGCCGCUGAUGGGCGGCAUCUUGCGCUUCUGGACAGGCUUGAGGUGCUCCAGCGGCGGGCGGGCGGCGAAGAGCGCCAGCAUGUGCGGAGGCAUCCCUACUGCCGACAUACUGACUGGUCACAACUGAUGGGAGGGAGGGAUGCACUCGGUCAAGUCAGGCAGGAGGGCAGGCGAGAGCUCGGAUGCAACUCGCUUACACAAACAAGCGGGAGAUCGACGAUGCCGCUCGACGGCCCACCACGAGCGUAAGCAUCUCUUCUCUGCUCCUUUGCUUUGCC